UGUGUCAUUUCAGUCAUUUGCGUGAGAGCGAACGCCGGACACGUGCGCAGGAUAAACUGAAUAAAAUUCAGUGCCUCAUUUUCAUCGUUUUUCCAAGCCCAAAUAAUAGUGAUUAAUCGGAAACGUGUAUUAAACAUUAGGAUUAACGUUAUAUCAGUAAAAUCUGAUUCGUCAUAAUUAUUCAAUAAUCCAAAUCGAGAAGUUCGUGAUGUCGUGGUGUGACGUCAAAAAAUCAACCAGAGGUUAUUCGAGAUAUGGCGGUAGAGGAAAUCGUGGCAAUCGUGGCGAAGGAAAUUGGCGAGAAAGGACGUUCGAGAACGAAAAUGAGGAUGGUGUUCGUAAACAAUCCGGAGUCUACCGUGGUCGAGGUGGUUAUCGAGGAAAGUCAUUCAAGCGCCAUGGCCAGGGGAACAGUUCCUAUGAUAGCAAACGUACAAAGUACAAAGUUGGUGAGCGUCUGAAAGAAGAGAACGUUGGCGUGACCGAAUUCGUUGGGAGUCACAAACGUUUUGGUGGCAUAUUAAAAGAGCGCUUCAGUGAUUUCCAUGUGAACGAAAUACGCUGUGACGGGGAAAUAUGCAAAUUGACGAAUCAGGAUAUUCCACCAGAGCCGGAAGAGCUAGAAGACUUGAGCAAGCUGAAGGAAUCUAUACCAGCGGAGUUGAGGGAACAGUUGGAAGAGUUUUCAAAGUCAGAUAGCGAAGUAUCAAUAACAGAAAUUGAUGUGACGGAAAUGAACAAAGAACUGCGUCGAAAUAUUCACACGAUCGCCAAAAAAAUAACAUCAGUAGUGAGCGAAACCGUGGAACGGGGUGAGAAAAAAAUAUUAGUUCUUGCCAAAAAAGACAAGCAAACGAGCCACAAAUUUCGCGGGGAUCGACGCGUCGAUUGGAGCAGACGAGAAGGCAAUUAUUGCGACUUUCUUCUCCACAAAGUCAACAUGGAUACGAUGGAUGCGCUGAAUCAAUUAGCUGCCAAAUUGCGGAUCGAAUCCAGCUUAUUUAACUACGCAGGAACGAAAGAUCGACGAGCUCAUACGACUCAAUGGGUUAAUAUAAGAAAAUUCAGUCCAAAAGUCAUCCACGAUGCUGCGAGACAAGUGCGCGGUGCGUUCGUCGGAAAUUUCAAAUUUUCGAAAAAUGCUCUCAGUUUGGGUAUGCUCAAGGGCAACCGUUUCAAAAUAGCUUUAAGGAGCGUCAACGCUACCGACGAUGAGAUUGAACUCGCGAUGCAAUCUCUAAAAAACAAUGGUUUCAUCAAUUAUUACGGACUUCAGAGAUUCGGCACAAUUGCCGCCAUACCCACCCACGAAAUCGGCAAAACUCUUCUCCAAGCCAAGUGGAAAGACGCGAUUGAUCUCAUUCUAAAACCUCGCGAAGGUGAACAGCAAAGGGACAUGAUAGAAGCGCGUGAAAUUUAUGAAAAAACGAAAAACCCCGAUUUAGCCCUUCGACCGAUCGCACGAUCUGGGAAAAUCGAAGCCAAACUACUUUAUGGACUUCGCAAAAGUGGGGAGAACAAUCCUCAGGGCGCUCUCGAUUAUAUUCCCCGAAACGCGCGGCUCAUGUACAUACACUCUUAUCAAAGUUUUGUCUGGAAUCACAUGGUUUCCAAACGCAUCAAAGAAUUUGGGGCGAAACCUAUAGUCGGUGAUCUCGUGUACGACAAAACUAAUUCUGAGGAUAAUCCUGGUAAUGAAACAAUGGAUUUCGCUCAUCUAACUGAUCAAUCAAAAGAACCAAAAGAUGGCGCAUCUGAUGCGAUUGAGGAAGAAACAAUUCCAACGAAAUUACACGAGAAGCAUUCCAUCGACGAUGAACAAUGCAUCGAAGAUCGUUCAGAUGAAAUCGUCGAUGAGAACGAAACAAAAAUCGACAACGGGGAUGAGACACCCGACGAUUCAAGGGACCCGUCGAGUUUGCCGAAUGUUAAAUCACUCAGCGAAGAAGAUUUGGACCGCUAUACUAUCGCCGAUGUUGUUAUGCCCAAACCCGGAUGGAAAGUCACCUACCCUUCGUAUGCAAAAGCCUGGUUCGAUGAAUUUCUUGCCAGGGACGAUUUAACCACGGAUUUGAGGCAAAAAAACAAGAAAUACAGUCUUGGUGGUGGAUACCGAAAGAUAUUAGAAACCGCUGAAGAUCUAAGCUGGAAAAUAGUCCGAUAUGACGGUUACCACGAUGACUUGAUCGCUUCUGACAUUGAUGAAAUGCGUAAGGUGGAGGCUCCCAAAAUUGAGACUGAGGGUAAACACAAAGCAUUGAUUCUCGAGUUUUCCUUGAAUCCAUCGACGUACGCAACGAUGGCACUUCGAGAAAUUCUCGAACACGACACAUCGGCACAAGCGCAAGCUUUACAGUCGACGGCAAAUCAAGCGCUCGAAAAUGUCGAAAAAAUAGAAAGAAACGAUCAGCCCGAUAUCGCAAAUGAGGAAAUUGUCACCGAGGACAACGGUUCAUCGGUGGACGUUAAAAACGAGGAAGCCAAGGAUAAUGUAACAGUUGAUACUAACGAGACUGAAGCGGAAAUCAUCCAGAACGAUUCACCACAAAAAAAUCCGGAGUCAGCAGAUGCCGAUGACAUGGAAAUUUCUAAAGAAGAUGUGAACAUUCCGUAUGUUGAUGAAAAAGAAGAAAUGGAAACAGACAAAUAGUGAAAAAUUUAUCGGCUCUAUCGAUAUUACUAAAAAUCUAUAUUACAAUGCAUAAUUCUGAUAUGCAACAUUAUUCACUUUCAUAUCGAUCUCACAAUUGAAAAAGCAAUACUACAACAACAAAAAUCACGAAAAACUGUGUCACUGGGAUAUCACCAGACAACAUUUCCUGUGAGAUUUUCUCACGGAUUAAUGAAAAAAAAGGAAAAUACUAGUUGUAUGAGGACACAGCUCGCGAUGAGUUCACUUUAUAAUGGACCUGCGAUACGUUAAAAUAAAGAUUUCUUGAUACUAAA